UUUACUCUUAAGAAGCUGAACCCCAUUGCUCAUCUGACUCCUCACCACCUUCAGCAACUGCCCUCUAAACCCUUGCACCUUCAUCACGCAUAUCCAACAAGCUCCCGCCGCACAACCUUCCCCCAUCCUUCACAAUGGCAUCGCCGCAGCAAAUUCGCACAAAGCUCACUGAUUUACUGAAGAUCCAGCACCCCGUUAUGCUUGCCGGCAUGAACGUUGCUGCCGGCCCGAAGCUCGCUGCCGCCGUUACAAAUGCCGGAGGGUUGGGUGUUAUUGGUGGUGUCGGAUACACACCAGACAUGCUGCGGGAGCAGAUUGCAGAAUUGAAGGGAUACCUUAAUGACAAGAGCGCGCCCUUUGGCGUUGACCUCCUGCUCCCGCAGGUUGGCGGGAACGCGCGGAAGACAAAUUAUGACUAUACCAAAGGCAAGCUGGGUGAGCUCGUCGACAUCAUCAUCGACUCCGGCGCCAAGCUCUUUGUCUCUGCUGUCGGCGUCCCCCCCAAGCCCGUCGUCGAGAAGCUGCACAAGGCCGGCAUAUUAUACAUGAACAUGAUUGGCCACCCCAAGCACGUCAAGAAAUGCCUCGAGGUCGGAGCCGACAUCAUCUGUGCUCAAGGUGGUGAAGGUGGUGGACACACCGGCGACGUUCCCACAACCGUCCUCAUCCCCACCGUCGUGAGCCUCGUCAAGGGUCACAAGUCGCCUUUGACCGGCGAGGAGGUCCAGGUAGUUGCUGCUGGUGGUCUAUUCAACGGCCAGUCCCUUGCUGCUGCGCUCAUGUUCGGUGCGUCCGCUGUUUGGAUAGGAACUCGAUUUGUCCUGUCCGAGGAGGCUGGUGCACCUAAGGCACACCAAGAAGCCGUCCGAACAGCUGGCUUUGAUGAUAACGUGCGAACUAUCAUUUUCACUGGACGACCCCUACGCGUAAGAAUGAACCCCUAUAUUCAGAACUGGGAAGAGAACAGGCAGAACGAUAUCAAGGAUCUCACGGCCAAGGGUGUCAUUCCCGUCGAGCACGAUCUGGAGACGAUGGGAGACGACAUUGAUGAUGAUACCAUGGACAACGCACGGCCAUUUUUGAUGGGCAAGGCUGCCGCCGUUGUCAAUGAGAGGAAGCCCGCCAAAGUUAUUGUUGAUGAGAUGGUGAGCGAUGCUGUCAAGUGGAUGCAGGUUGGAAACUCGUACAUUGUUUCAAAGUCGAGGUUGUAAAUUUGAUGGAAGCGUGUUGUGACAAUAUAGUGCGGUAUUUUGAUUGAGUUUCUUGUCUAUAUUUAGUGCUCAAAUCUACUCCUG